CGCUAAAACCUUUCUCACCUACGUAUUCAACCGAUCUCGAGCGCCCUCCACUCUGCGAUUUCUCUCAUCAUGACAAAGCCAAGUCUCUCAAUUAUUUGAUCGAAGAACCAACGUAAAGUAAAGUAAGAUACUGCAAACCGGAACAACCUUGACCAUGACAACGUUGAAUCACAUGCAUGCCCAAAUUCCAAUAUAGGUAGUAUGCCAACACACUUUAGCAAGUUAGAGGGAUCUCCCUCUMACAGGCGGAAAGCACAGAGGAGAAGAAGGUUUGACACACCCAAACUCACAAUAACUCACGACGGGUGUGUUAGUAGCACAACCAAUGUGUGGGAAAGAAACAGUCCCGGUGUCGAUGAAUCUUCAAUAGGACAGAGCUCAACGAACAUUCCAGAAUUUAUAUGCGUUCAAAACUGGCGGCGCCUGCCACAAAAUGAAGAACCAAACGAACAACAAUCGCGGGUACCGAAAAAUGAUCGCAACUAUACUGCUGAAAUCAAGAGGUCUGCCGAAUAUAAUUCCAACAAUGGAAUCACAUAUCGAGGUUCUCGAUCAUCACACCAUCGUUCGUUUGGCGACAGCAGGAUUUCUACCAUUUCUUCUUCUUGCCCAGGGCGUGAUGGACUGGGCUAUAGCAGAGCUUCAUCUUCUUAUCCUUCUAAUCGAGGCAACAAUGUACGCUUCUCAACGUGCCACGGAAACGAAGAAAUCGACCAAUGGAACAAGUGUCUUUCGCCUCGGACACAAUCAUCGUUACAGCCAUCUAUUCGACGAGAUUGUAUUGACAUGUCUCGUCAAAACGCAACUCGGAACGACGAUGAUUCAAGCAACUGGGGAAGCGUUACCAAAGACCGAUACACGCAUUUCGAUCCAAAAGUAACGCAUCAUCUUCCCAAUCACCGGGAAGACAAACCUUCUUCCUCAGCGCAUAGUCCAAGGAAUACCCUCAUAAAUGACGCCGACAGCCAAAAUCCAACAGUAGAGCAGCAGCUGAAAGAGCACUUGCAUUCGAUUGAUUUUGAAUCUAACUCUGUAGCAGAUUCUUUCAAAUCACGCAACAAGGCAACUUUACGAGGGGAAAUGACUGCUAAUACAAUCAAUCGCGUGGGUAAUGCAGGUGCCRAUUCGGUCAUUUCUUAUAGUGAAAAUAGCAAAGGGAUUUACUGCGAGGUGAGAUACCGCGCCAAGAAGAGUCCAAAAGCAAAGAAAGUUGUUGUGAAGGAAGACAAGAAGCCAGUAAAGAUGUGGCUUUGUGAUGUUUGCAAGGAGGCACGGUUCGGUAGCUACAUCGAAGCCUUUCGCCACGAAAUAGAAUGCAAAAGGAUCAAAGCUGAAAUGAGAGAAAGCAGUUCGAGGGGAGGAGAAGACAAUAAUAGCAACGACGAUCAGUCCUCAAUGCCGGGAACUGAGCAACGAGCGUUGAGAAGGGGAAAAAUAAAAAUGCAGCUAAGGGAAAUAGAGUUGUCGAGCUCGUCUAGGCCCAUGCGUUGCAACGUUGUUACAAGGGGAAGUAUGCAAAGGGAAUCCGUAGGCCUUACGGCAACCAAAUGGCUUUGUAGUGUUUGUAAGAAACGUUCAUUUGAUCGCUAUUACGAUGCGUGUCGUCACGAAAAAWUUUGCCAAAGACGAAAGGAAGCAACAGCUGUCAUGACAAAGCCGAAGGACGAACACAGAUAUGAUGAUAACCAAUUCGUCGAGGAUCUGAGACACAAUAACAYGGUUGCUAGAGAAAGUAGGCAAGAAAAUGUUUGUGUUGCUGUUUAUGACAACUGUACCAAGGGUGAAACGUGCACAAGUUUCGGAAUAAGUCACGAUAGAAUUUCCCAGAUUAGAAUGGAAGCCACAGCUGACAUGACCGAGCAAAAGAGUGCGUGGAGUUUUGACGAUGACGUUUCCUUCGAGGAACAGAGGCAGAAUAACAUAAUGGUUAAUGGAAGUCGGCAAAGAGAUGUUGAUAUUUAUAUUCAGGACAAUCGUACAAAUAAAGCAUGCACGACUGCCGAAACUAGUCACGAAAAAAGUUUCCAAACAAAGACGGAGGCAACAGCUGAUAUGACUGAGCCAAAGAAUGAGCUGAUGUACGAAGGGAGCCAUUUUGUKGACAAGGAGAGGAGAAAAAUCAUGAGCGCUAAUGAAAGUAGACAAAAAAAUGGUGCUUUCUGUAUGCAAGAGAACAGUGCCAAUGYACGAUAUAACAUUUUCGAAACGCAGAAAAGCAACAGAACUGGAUACUCGCAUUUUGGAAUCAGUCAUGAAAUAGGGGAAGUUUUCAUUGAUCGGUACAAUGCUUUCAAGGCAAUACCAGAACAAGACAUAAAGCUAAGUCCGUUGUAUAACAGCAAAUCAAGAUACGAAGGAGAUGCGUACGAUCGAUACAUUUCUUUGGCAAGUCAGGCAGAAGAUGAAGAACAACGCGAAAAAUAUCUUGCUCUGGCAAAACAGACACGUGAAGAGGAGAUGUCGUGUUAUCGAAGGGAAGAAAACAACGAAGAGCKCUAUGUUUGCCUUGCUUGACGUGGCACAAAGAAUGAAGUUAUAUCCAGCAGCAGAUGUUAUUUGCAAACAAUUUUUCCUAUUGGGGGACAUUAAAAUAGUAUAGUUGUU